AUGUCUGCUCCCUCUUUUUCAUCCUUUCCGCCAUCUUUCUCAUCUUUCCCCGACCUGGAAUCAGGACCCAGCGACAACUUGUCGUCAGAAUCUAAAAAGGCCGGUAAAGAGAAGACAAAAAAGAAGCAUCAUGAUGAACCUAGGAAAUCACGGCGAACUUCAAAAGAAAGAGAAACAAAGCAUGAUAGUGGGCAUCGCAAGUCAAGACCAACCAAAGAGCAUACAUGUGAAGAUUCCGCUCAUACUGAUUCAAAGGGUACAGAACCAUCAAAAGCCAAAGUUCUAUUUUACUCUGACUACAAGGGGGAUAUCUUAAAUGUCCAGUAUGGUGGACCACACAGCGGAGACAUUCCGAAAUACCGAAUGGUCUCUGGCGGAAGAAAUGUACUCGGUCUCCCUGAGAGCUUGAUCGUCCUUCGACGGAGAGGAAGAGGGGCAGAGGUAGGCUUACGCACUCUACAAAAAACAGCAAGUCUAAGCACCUCAGCCUCUCGAAUUUUACUAUCAAAACCUCCUUCCAGACGUCUCGUACCGUCUUCCCGACGAGAUACAUACCAAGAGGUCGAUGGCGUAAUCACUUUUUCUUCUCGAAAAACACCAACUGGCGCCGACCCUUCAUAUAAAUCAAUACCGAAAAACGACGUGGAGAGCUCAGAGAAUUCAUCGUCAUCCGAAAGCGAAGAUGAUCUCAGCUCCGAGGAAGAUAGUGAUACCCCUACACUAACCGCGCAUCAGGAAACUCUAAAGGCACUCCAACAAGAAGUUGAGGCCCAACCUGAUGCAGGUGAUAAAUGGCUCUCUUUGUUAAACCAAACUGUGUCAACGAUACCCAUUACUUCUAAAAAUGCAACAAAAGCACGGUCUGAAAUUUCUGUAUCCAUUCUCGCGCGCGCCAUAUCAGCUUCACCGCAGAAUAUCCGAAACAGAAGCUUACGAUUGAGCUAUCUGAGGGCUGGAGAAGAAGUCUGGCACGAGACCAAGGUUAAGGCAGAAUGGGAAGAGGCGUUGAAGGUGGAAGAUACUGAACUUCAGGUUGAAUGGUUGGAAUGGAAAAUUCGUACAGGAAAUGGCGGUAUUGAUGGUGUUGUUGACGCUGCUGUACGAGUCUUGGAUGGAAUAGGUUCAAAAUCUGAAAUCGCAAAGGUUCGGGUAUUGUACCGCGUUGCAGUGGUCAUUAGAAGCGCAGGGUAUACUGAACGAGCCUUUGCAAUGUUUCAAGCUCAGGCAGAAUUAAGUUUCAACUUGCCUCCUGCUCUUGCUAAGUUGCCAUUCCAAACGCAGCUCACUGAACUAGAGGAGUUCUGGGAGUCCGAAUAUCCCCGUAUUGGAGAACCUGGUGCCAAAGGGUGGAAUUCAUGGUACUCAUCUAAGCCAGACGAACGUUUUCAAACUGUUUCUUCCCAAGUCAAGCCUCAAAAUGUUGCAGACUUGGAUAUGUAUCGUCAAUGGGCGAAACAGGAAAUCCUCUUUGAUCGCUCAUCGUUCCUUCCUCAGAGGUCGGACUCCAAUUCUACAGAUCCUUAUUCAAUGGUGCUAUUCAGUGAUGUGCGUCCUAUUCUAUUGGACCUGAAAACCCGUGAUGCGAAGCAUGCGUUUCGUAUGGCCUGGUUAUCUUUCUGUGGACUCAACCUUCCAGGGUUUCAUCUAUCAGAUACAGAUGAAGGGAAUUGGGAUGAUCGAUGGAACCUGCACUAUUUGACGACUCCGCAAAAUUUGGAGCGCAUUUUCCCUCCGAAUGAGGAUCGCCGCAUUGUUUUAAAUGAUGCAGUAGCGGGGGUGGUGAUAGGCAGAGAAAGAUUCUACAAUUCCCCUUUCGGUCCCAUUCGGUGUUGGGGGAAAGAGGUUUCUCGGCCUCUUGAUCUAGCAUCUUCAGAGCCUGGAAAGGUUUUGAAAAGGGGUAUUUGGUCAACCGAGGAUAUAUCACAUCUUGAUGAGGAGUUUGUGCGGCGUCUAUUUGCUGGAAUGAGGGUACUCAAAGAUGACCUUGAGUGGGACCUUUUGGCACUGGCAUUCGAAUUAUCCAUAAACCCUAAAUCUGCAACCAAGUUAUCUAAAUUCUUUCUUUCCACCAAUCAAGAUUCGUUGGGCUUGUGGGGAGCACAUUGCCAGCUUGAAAGAUUACGUGGCCGGAUUGAUGAUGCGCGGAAAGUCUAUCAAACUGUGCUCGUCGCAUCGAAGCUCAAUAACAUGAGAAAGGAGGCCAGCCAAUUGUGGUGGAACUGGGCAGAAAUGGAAUGGCUAUCGAACAAUAACCAGCAAGCUCUGGAGGUUAUUCUCCGAUCAGUAGGUCUGGAAGGUUCCUCAACCCGUAUCACGAUCUUGCGCGCCAAACGAUCCUUGGAGGAGUUAGCAGAAGCAACCAGGCAAACAAACGGUUGGAAAGACCAGGAAGCUUGGAUCGAGUUGCGUGCGUUGGUGGAAAUUAUUGAGGGACAUGAUCCGAGAGCCGCGAUUUCGGUCUUUGACAAAUACCUCUCGUCCGAGACCGACAAAAGUAGCGCGGAAAGUCUAAUGACAGCAUCACUGGUCAUGGUCUACAGCUAUGGGGUAAUCCUAAGGAACACGAUGCCUCCAGCUGUUCUGAGAGAGCGUGCACAUCAAGCAUUCCAGCAAUAUCCCAGCAAUUCCAUUAUUUUGGGUAUCCUUCUUGCAGCAGAAAAGGGCCAAGGUGUGUGGGGACGCGUAAGAAGUAUGCUGGGAGGAAACGAUGGCAAGGUAAAGGAUGUUGCGCGCAGAGCCGAAGAAGUAUGGAUGGCUGGGUGGGAACGUGGAAGGUGGAUGAGUGAAGUGGAGCGCACUAGAAAUGGUCUCGCGGCAGCUGUGGAACACGAACGCGUGUUUGAUCGGCACGAGCUCAACGGCCUUGGAGAUGCAAUGGCAGAGAGGGGGAUUCGCCUGCACCAAGGAUUAGAGGAAGCCCUGGAGGGAGUUGAUAUGGAGGAGGCACCGCAGACAUCGAGCGAUGAGGAUAUGGAGGAUGAGAUAGAAUACAAUGCUCACGAACUACGGCGGCUGAAGCCCUAUUAA